UUAAACCAACAAUGGAAACCAUUUGCUGAUUCACAUAUUAUAAGUAUAAUUUUUUUAUUAUAAAUUUUUAAAAUGGAUAACAAUCAGGAAACCAAAAAAUGUUUUUGUGCAAGAUGUUUUCUACCUAUAAAUUCAGAAGAUAAAGUUGAUGUUGAUGGUCAAAAUUUUCAUAGAAUCUGUAGCAUGUGCUGUGUUUGUCGUACCAUUCCAUCGUCCUUGAAAAUGUUCUACGGUCACGUGUUCUGUAACGACUGUUUUAAAAGUCACGUGAUGUCGCGAUUUAAAGGCGACAGUUCUCGUGUGUCUUCAAACAGCUGGUGGAUGCACUCGACGAUGGGAUCUCGAACUUCAGGAAGUGAAAACAAAGGGAAUGAAGAUGACGUUCCUGAAAAACCAUCAGAGAACCCCCCGAAGCGUUUUAUUUGCGCUCGUUGUUUGCAAUCUGUGGACGAAAGUGAAAAAGUUACCAUCGGUAACGACAGUUUCCACAGUCAAUGCGCCAAAUGCUAUUUUUGCCACAAAGUUCCGACAUCCAACUUGAAGAUUUACUACGGACAGGUGUUUUGCGAGGAAUGCUUCCAUCGCAACGUUCUUAACCGUAAUCAAGAUAAUCCAUCGGAGUUCUUUAAGACCUGCUUUGAACAAUGGCAGAAUAAUACCCAGUUCGCCGAAAACAUGAGGGAUUUCAUGGCUGGGAAUAAAGAGUCGGCACCUUUCAUUUUCAUGACACAAGGCCAGCAGCCACCGUUUUGUAGAUGUGGAACAGGACCUCAAGAAUGGUGUCAACCCAAUGAGCCUCGGAAAUCUGCGACCAACUUUACACCAUCUUUCGAGGCAGACUCUUUGGAAUGUUCGUUUGGAAACGGAAAUGAAAUUGGAAAUUCAGUAUCCGUUAACGAAUCAGCAAAUCAAGAUAAUUCGAACAUCGAAGCAGCUGAAAAAAUUGAAAAACUAACGAAAUACAUUCACAAUAGACAUGGAAAAAAAGAGGAUAUUGAUAACGCAUGGAAAUUACUAGAUCGAAAUAAAAAGAGCCAGUCGUUUGAUGGUUGGAAGGAUUUGCAAGAUGAGAAGCUUAGUUCGUUGAAAUGUCCCAAAUGUUUGUGGCAGUGUGGCUCUAUUUACGUUACUAAUAAUAUUUGAACAUAAAAAUUGUUUGCCGAUAGAGAUAAUUUAGAAUAAAGUGUAUUGUCAUGA